AGAAAAUGUUUACGUUUUGUUUCGCCUGUCAAAAAUUGCAUUCCAAAACAUCUGAUUUUUCAGUGAAAAUUUUCCUCGUUUUUACUGGAUUAGUCCUGAUUUUCCGGAGAAAAUAAAUUUUCACGGUCCAUUUUCCAGUUGAUUCUUCGGUUCGGCAGCGUGUCGAGCCAAUAAGUGUAGAAGCUGGUGGUACCGCAGUGUUUUGAUUGUGCGUGAUUCCCUUUUCGGAAACUUUCGCGUAAAGAAGCCUCCGCCCGUUCACUCGAACCGAGUGAAACAUGAGCGACUCCGAUGCACCACGGCCGGCCCAACUUGGGUUUGCGCCAGCCGGGUACGAUAGCGAUGACACCGAAGAUGAGAUGCUGAUGAUGAUGCCCAACACUUCGAAGUCUUCCGGCGGAAGUGGAGAAACCGGGCGUUGCUUCGAGGAUGAAAGAAUUAAGAUCGUACCGCAUAUCGGUUGGCGCGCAGGCAUCCAGGAUCAGGAUUUUGACAUUGAGUUGGACGAAAAUAUUGCCACCUGGUUCGAGGGGUUCCGCGAGAGUUUCAAGACGUUCAAAAAGGGACCACUGAUAUCGCAGCGUUUGCAGAUGUUUUAUCUGAACACUCGCAAUCCGUACGAGUGGUCGCUGAAGUUGUUUGCCAACUGUCCGGAUCACAACUCGCCGAAAAGUAGCUCAUUGGCUUAUACGGUGCUGGAGGAGAUGAGCAACUUCAAAAAGCAUUACAAUCUCGGAACGGAGCAGCUGGUGGACGAUAAUCUCCGAAUGGUGGCGUUCAACUUUGUGGCGAAGCAAAGUCACUGUCUGCUGUUUCGGAUGGUGGUGGAAACUUUCGAGUUUCUGCAGUGUCGGGAGAUGUUUAUCCCGAAGAUUCGGGAGAUGAUUGCCCGGAAGCAGUACAAAGAAGCUGGCCAGAUUGCGAUCGAUCUGGAGCUGUUCGAUGAAUUUGACGAGCAUGACUUUGUGAUGCCGCUGCUCAUGCAGGACAAGAUAUCGAUCGCUGAGGAUUACUUAAACAAGGCGGAAAGGCUGCAGAGGCCGGUCGUGCAGUUACUGGAUUCGUUCUUCGACAAGAAGCAGUCGGUUGAAAACCACUGCUCGCGAUAUAUUUCGGAACACGACGUUACAGAUGUAUAUUACAGCAAAUUACAUCAAAAACCUUUGAGUAAACUUGUGCAACGACUAGCCAAAAACUACAAUAUCCCGAAGCAGUUCAGGCCGAAUGUGUACAAAAUGAAGAACUUUGGAGCGCUGCAGUUUUUAGUACACAAGCGUUAUUACGAGAAAAGUUUGAACAAAGAUUCCUGGGACGAAAUGGUGCGGGACACUGUACCGGAAUCGGAUCGAGAACUACAGCUGGAACUGAUUUGUCUUUGUUCGAAUUUUAAUGAUCAACCGGAGGCGGCCAAGUGGGCGUUGCAUUUCCAGCUGAAAACAAGUGAUCUUCCACUAUUGGUGCAGGACUUCAUACUGGAGCAAGAUGACAAUAAUCAGCACCCCAAGCAGGACUUCGACGACGAACAGUGGGACGCUCCCGAUAGUGAACCGGUGCAUACGCUUCGGCUCGAUGAAUCACACGUUCAUCUGGUUGAUUCGAGGGACAGGUUCUUCGCCAUGCUGUCCGAUCUCGAUCGUCAGUCAAUUAUUGCUUUCGAUUCGGAGUGGAAACCCACCUUUGGUGGGGCCAACGAGGUUUCCCUGAUCCAACUCGCCACAUGGGAAGACGUGUAUAUGAUAGACGUGAUGGUCAGCCGAUUGGAAACAUCGGAUUGGGCUGCCCUAGCAAAGAAUGUGUUCAACCGGGACGACAUUUUGAAGCUGUCGUUCGCUCCUUCCACGGAUAUUUCCAUGUUCCAGAAGGCACUGCCGUCUUUCAAUGUGAUAUACAGCUCUCAGAAUACGUCUGGUAUUCUCGAUUUACAGCUUUUGUGGCGCCACGUGGAAAAAUUCGAUAGCUUUCGGUUUCCAUACCAUGAGGAAGCAGUUAAUCAAAAUCUUGCAAAUCUGGUCAGACUGUGUCUGGGCAAAAAAUUGGAUAAAUCGAAUCAGUUCUCGAACUGGGCGCAGCGUCCCUUGCGGAAGGAACAGCUCCGGUAUGCUGCAUUGGAUGCAUUCUGUUUGUUGGAGAUCUACGAAGCCAUCGAGAAGCAGUUGAUGCGCAUACAAUUAGAUCCGAAUGGAAUUUUGAAUGCAUUGCUCAACGAUGUUCGACCGAAUGAAGAUGCCACCAGGCGGGCGGGCAAGCAAGAAGAUUUUUCCGGUUCACGUCGCCGGAAUCGUGAUAAGUACAACAAACGACAUACUUAUGUCAGUGAUACCGAUAGCGGAAGUUCUUCUCGCACCCAACAAAAUCACCACAAUUCUUCGAACCAAAGUCGAUCCAAAUCUAAAGGCGUCGUCGGUUCCCGAGAGCAGCAACAAACUGCUGGUCCGAACUUGAAAUCUGUACUAAUUUCGGAAGCGCGCUUUGUGUGUGAUCGGAUGCUGGAAGGGCUGGCAAAGAUGCUGCGACGGUUCGGCAUCGACACGGUUGCAAUACGGAACGAGAAGGGUGAUCGAUGUGUUUUUGUGGCUCUCAACGAGGGUCGAUACGUGCUGACCCGGGGAGCCAAUUACCACAAGUAUUGCGAAUACCUCCCGCCGAAUCAUUGCUACAACGUCAGCAAUGACCGGGUCGAGGAUCAACUGCUGGAGGUGCUGCGGUACUACAAGGUCGUCAUACGCCAGGAGAACAUUUUCAGCCGGUGUCAACUGUGCAACUGCGGGCGGUUCCUGUCGGCAACCCCCGAAGACAUCUAUCGACUGAAGACGCAUUCUUCAAUGCCGGCAAAUUAUCGGGACAUUCAUCGGAGAGACCCCCCAAACGUGGACGAUCGGAUGCAGCUCAACCGCAGCUGGAUUCUGGAUAAUCUCGAGGAACGUCAUCAUAGCACUGGCCGGACAGAUGCAGACGUUCCCAUCGAUAUCGGCUACGUUAACGACAAUGUGAUUGCCAAUGUUGAUGUGUUCUAUAUAUGUGAUGGGUGCGGUCGGUGCUACUGGGACGGAUCGCACCUGGAGAAUAUUCUCGCCGGUAAGCUGGCCGACAUUCUUUCUUUAAAUUAUGACUAAGUAAGUUAUUAUUAUGAAUAUAUACGAGAUUUCCAGCCCAUGGUUGGAUCAUCUCGGUGAUAAUGUUACCUGUUAGAAGAGGAGCAAGGGUUGGGAGUAUUAUGAAUAUAAAUGAUGAUAUGUAUUGAUCGUUUUUGCAUAGUA